AUGAACACCUACUACAGGAACCAUUUUCUCGACUAUCACGACCCAACCCAAAGCAUUAAUGAUGAGCUAGCAAGAAGAGAAGGAAGGCCACCUAGGAGAGGUGGUGGCCGUGCGGUUGGUCAUGAUAAUGAUGAUGAUGAUGAUGAGAUGGUUCAUAUGUUGUUUUUCUAUCUAUUGGUGCUUGUUUUUGAGAUGGACAAAUGUGAGAAUAAGUAUGAUCCCCUAUUAAGCACAAGAUUCUUGGUCUUUAUUACAAAAUUUUCUAUUAGAGAUACUUUCUUGGGUAAUAAGCUAUUGCUUACAUAUUGCAAGAGUUUAGAGUUGUUGGAUGAUGUGUGCAAGCUUUUUGAUGAGCUUUCUGAGAGAGCAAUACCUGCAUAUGCUUCUUUAAUAAGCUCUUUCUGUCGAUCUGAGAAAUGGGUUAAUCUUUCCGUGGUGUUUGAGAUGAUGUUCAAUGAUAGGAUGUUGUUUGAGAUGAUGUUCAAUGAUAGGAUGUUGCCUGACAGAUUUCUUCUACCAACAAUAUACAAAGCCUGUUCAGUAAUGCAAGUGAGGAAAUGUGGCGAAAUGGUUCAUGGGUAUGCCAUAAGAAGGGGCUUAGAUAAGGAUGUUGUUGUUGGGAAUGCUCUUAUUGAUAUGUAUACAUAUUAUGGCUCAUUGAAAUCAUCAAAGAGUGUAUUCAACACAAUGAGGACUAAGGAUGUAGUUUCUUGGACUGUGCUCAUAGUAGCUUAUACGUUUCACGGUCGUCUUGAUGAGCAAUGGACACAUUUUGCAAGAUGGAGUUGGAUGGUGUGGAAGCAGAUUUAA